AGCGACGAGCGCAGCAUGUUCUACGAGCCCGGCAAGACCCCGCAUGGCCUCAAGAAGGACCCGUUCAAGUCGUGCGUCGUACCACGACCUAUCGGCUGGAUCUCGACGCUCAACAAGGACGGCUCGGCCAACCUCGCGCCGUACAGCCAGUUUGCGCACCUCACGUUCUCGCCGCCGUACGUCAUGUUUGCGGCCAACGUCAAGGACAGCGGCGAGCGCAAGGACAACGUCGAGAACGCCGAGCGCACGCAAGAGUUCUGCUGGUCUCUCGCGACGUACGACCUGCGAGAAGAGAUGAACAAGUCGGCGACCGAGGUGCCGUACGGCGUCGACGAGUUCGAGCUCGCCGGCCUCGAGAAGGGCUACGGCUCGCUCGUCAAAUGCCCGUUCGUCAAGGCGUCGCCCAUCAACUUCGAGUGCGUCCACCACACGACCCUGCGCCUGCCAGGAGACGGCGUUGGUGCCUCUGUCGACGUCGUCAUCGGCCGCGUCGUCGGCAUCCACAUCGACGAGGGCGUCCUCACUAACGGCGAGAUCGACAUCUCCAAGACCGUGCCGAUCGCCCGGUGCGGCGGCCCCAAUUACGCCGCCAUCCGCGACGUGUGCAUGUUCAAGAUGGUGACGCCCAAGGGGCCGGUCACGCCCGCGCCCGAGAACGCAGCGCGCAAGGAGGAGACGAUCGGCAUGACGAACGGCGAGCAGAAGAAGCCAGACGAGGGCCGAUGACAGGGAGCGAGGAGCGUCUCUCGCGCCCGUUCUCAGAGUGGACAGAUACUGUAAAGACUGAGUUGCACAUCUG